UGCAGGAAACCAACUAGCAGGAAUAAUACAUAGCUAAGUGUUUUUCUCUCCUAUAUGAUCAGACCUUCCCCUUCCGUCCCAAUGUUUACAGUAGAUAUAGCUUUAAGAAGAAGAUUUUAGGAACACAUACUGUUAUGCUGCUCUCUCUGGUCCAAAGGUAAUAUGUGGCUGUUCAGUAGACCCUCUAUGUGACUGGAUUACUACAGCUCCAAGGAGUCCACAGACGACACCGCCGCACAGAUGUGAGUCUGCGUAUUUUUCUAACUGUCGGCGAAAUCCCUGACAGCCCAUGUAACCCAGGUAAUGAUAGCUGCAUGGGUUCGUUGUUGAAGGCUACUGGUGCCUGUUAUAUCGAAAUUCGUAUUACUUUAUUAUAGGCUAACCUAGACAUAAUUAUUCUACAGACCGGCGGAUUGUUUAUCUUAACGCAAAUGUGUUUGUUUCGUCAGUGCGAGUUCUGAGUGUCACCUUUGUUUGGCUGUGGUUGUUGACUGGAAAGAAGAGCGUUGUGCCUUUGUAAACUGGUGCAGGCUGUUUGUACUUGUUCUCUCUUGAGUAGGUUAAACGAAGACAGAAGUAGGCUACAAUAAUAUAAACAUCGCCAUAGUCACCAUUACAGUUAAAUAAUGUAUGUCUGUGUCAGCCGGUGUAUGUUGGUUACCAGCAGCAGUUGCAGGCUACUGUCAGAGAUACAGUAGUUCCACUGUUUUUAGUUUUUUGGGGGGGACAUUUUUUGGACAUAGCCCCAGGUUAUUGAUCUAUCUGUGUGUAAAUGAAAACCUUUAGGGCCAGGGGAGCAGCUAUAAGUUAGUAGAGUCUUGCCAAUGCCUACAAGUCUGUUGGUUAUUGUGUUGCAGUAACAAAGUUCUUGGUAGUGUAUAUGCAUUUCUUAAUUUAUUCACAGUAUUUUUGUGAAUACAAAAAAAAAUCUAUCUGCCUCUCAGGUGGGGUAGCAAUGCGUGGCUUUUGUAAGCACCCUUAUGAACAGUGGUGAGGGAGGGAGAGGAAGGGAUGGAGGAAGAGAGGGAGGACAGGAGAGAGAACCUGAAAAGAGCCACAAGCUGUUAUCCCAUCCUCUCCUGACCCUGGAAGUGAUUCCCUGUGAGGGGUUGUCCUCUUGAACCUUAGCCCGGGCCCCUGCCAAAGAGCCCCCCACCCUGAUCCAGACAGAGACAGAGCAGGGCGGUGCAGAGGGGACCGCAGGCAGAGAGGAGACCCCAGGAGGGGAGAGGGUUGGACACUCACAUGGAGGCAGACUAGAGGAAGAGAAGCUAAAGGAGAAGAAGGAGAAAGAAAGAAUAUUACUGGUGGAUGACAGAGAGGAAACGGUGGAGAGAGAGAACCUUGCACCAGCAUUUAGUAGCAAAGACAGAGGAGGAGAAACAGAGGGAAGAGGCUAUCUCAAACCAAAGCCAAACCAACUCCAAAUGUAGUCUAUUACCUCGACGGAGCCAGCACAGCUCUGCCUCCUGCACUGUUAUGGCCAGUGGCACACUGAACAAUAACACCCUCAUCACAGAGAUGAGAGAUACAAGAGGAGUGCAGGGCAGUAGUCCGAAUUUUCCUCUGAGCUUUAUUAAACCCCAGAAGUCAGCCCUGCUUGAGUACACCAGCACACCUGUUACGGAUGAUAGGAGGACAGACACCACUCACACUUCCCUUAUUGCCAAUGGAGACACCGCCAAAGUUCCAAAACCAAACAACAACCCAAAAGAGACAGAUGGAAAAAGAGAGGUAGAUGGAGAGAUAGAAGGAGAUAAGGAUAGAGAGAGAGAUGAGAAAUUAAAGACCGUUUCUAAAUACCUCCACCCCUCUCCGUCCUCACCUGGCUCACUGAACAGUCACAUGGCCUUGAUGCACUCCUGGAACUCCUGCAAGAUGCUCAAAUGCCCCAAAUGUAACUGGCACUACAAGUCCCAGCAGACACUGCAUGCCCACCUCAGAGAAAAACACCCUGCGUCUGGGGGCUUGUGUGUGUGUGGGGGCUCGGGGGAGAAGUGUGUGUGUGGAGUGUCAAGGGGUGUGUGUGUGUACUGUAGCACGGGGAAGGCCCACCCUCGUCUGUCCCGGGGAGAGAGUUAUGUUUGUGAGUACAAACCCUACCGCUGUGGUGUGUGUGAUUACACAACCUCCUCUAAAGGAAACCUCAGCAUACACAUGCAGUCAGACAAACACCUCAGCAACGUACAGGUAGCAGGACACACACACCCUGCGCACGGCACUCACACACACUCCGCACACAAUGGUGGCUACGCUGUCAGAGACACGGCAGGUGAACAGGGCUACGGACGCACACACCCCACAGUCACACAGCCCCCUGCACACACAACACCCUACCCCAGCCAGCCCCCUUCCCACGGUAAGAGGUGGCGGUGUGAGGUGUGUGAUUAUGAGACCAGCAUUGCCCGGAAUCUGCGCAUACACACCACCAGCGAGAAACACAUGCAUAACGUGCUGCGCCUGAAACAAACACCCAACGUGUUGCAGAGAAGCUACUACCUGGCCCACUGCAGGAGUCUGCCUCCUCAACUCACACUGCUACACAGCAUAGGUGGCGAACAGUCUUUGGAUAUGCAUCAACUAUCAGCAGAGGAGCCAGUCGCCCCGGAUUCAACCCUGACCCCCUCCCCCUCUCCUCCUCCCUCCUCACCAUCCCCUUCUCCAUCCUCCUCUCCCCCUCCUCCACUGUCUCUCUCCCCCUCUUCUCCUCUUUCCUGUGGUGUGUUCCAGUGCCUGGUGUGUUCCAGUUUCUCCUCUGACAGUCUGGAGUCUCUUGGGUCUCACCUGAGUGCCCCCCGCUCCCUGCCCCAGUCUGAGUGGCGUUGUCUGGUGGCCGGAGGCUGCUAUUGCAGGCUGUGUGGCUACAGCACCCCCCUCACAGCUAACUUCACCUUGCACUGCCAGACAGACAGACACAGGGCCCGCUACCAGCUGGCUGCCCACCUCUCGGAGAGAGGGGAGAAGGGGGAGGCUGUGGACUGGGAGGAAGUUGGGAAGUUGGUUGCUACAGGCAACCUGGUCCAGCUGAAGUGUAACGUGUGUGACUUCCAGACCACCAGCUUGGAGAAACUGAGAAUACACAGCGUCAACUCCCAACACCAGGCCAGCCUCAGAGUCUACAGGUUCUUAGAGCAGUAUGACAGUGCAGUAGCUGGAGGCUCCUGGUCGUUCCACUGUGUCUUGUGUAAUUACUCCUCCCGCUCUAAACUCCACCUACUGAGACACACCCACUCCACGGGUCAUUAUAAGAGGGAGGAGCUUCACCGCUUGCAGCUUGUGAAAAGGAGGAGCUUGAAUAAAGGAGAGGAGCUAGCUGCCAUCUUCAGCAUCAGGAAGUGUACCAGUCCUGAGAUAGAUGAAAGCAGUGAGGGGGGGGAGAGGAGAAUUCCUUAUCCCAGCCAAGCGAUCAUUCUCUUGCUGGAGGAGACACAGAGCCCCCUCUCUCUCCAAAAAACAAAGAACCGACAAACCCACCUCACUGACCAAUCAGACUACUGCAAGUGCCAGCUGUGGCCAGAACACACUG